AGCAGUCCGUACAGUUGUUAUAGUUUCGUUGUCACUUGUCGUCGUGUCCCGUUCAAUUUGUUAUUACUUUCACGUACUGAUUGCGAAUAACGGAGUGAUUUAUAGUAAGUACCUUUAGACAGAUGAGAAGACUUCUUAUAUUGAUAAAUUACUAGAAUGACCAAAAUUUUAUAGCACAACUACCGGGUAUUGUGCAAGAAAAAAUUUAUAAGUGAAAUAAAAAAUGUCACGUUACGAAGAUAUAAUUAUUGAAGAUAGAGGUGACCUGGCUUUAAGUGGAGAAGCAGGAAUCCGUCAUCGUAUUCCAUGGAGUGAUCGCGUCUCAUUGAACAGCGAUAUCCCAGGUCUUCACGAAGUAAAAGAUCUUCUCGAUGAUGACGACGCUAGUUGUCUUGCCGAGGAAGAAGAUGGUGUCGGUUGUCCUUUACCAUCUACACCCGAAGAUGAUCAUCUACUGGACUGUGAGAUGACCGAAGUGCUGAAAGCAGGGGUGCUUAGCGAUGAAAUAGAUUUGGGAGCUUUGGCUCACAAUGCAGCUGAACAAGCUGAAGAAUUCGUUCGUAAAGUAUGGGAGGCAUCAUGGAAACAAUGUCAUUUUCGAAAUUUACCUAGAUGGCUGCAAGACAAUGAUUUCUUACAUGCAGGACACAGACCACCUUUACCAUCAUUCUAUGCCUGUUUCAAAAGUAUCUUCCGUAUUCACACCGAAACUGGAAAUAUAUGGACCCACUUGCUAGGAUGUGUAGCGUUCAUAGGAAUAGCUAUUUUCUUUCUAACUCAACCGCCUGUUGCGAUACAACUAGAGGAGAAAUUGGUUUUUGCUGCAUUCUUUGCGGGUGCUAUAGUAUGUUUGGGAAUGUCAUUUGCAUUUCACACUGUCCAUUGUCACAGUGAAUGUGUAGGGAGACUAUUUUCCAAGCUGGAUUACUGCGGAAUUGCAAUGCUCAUUAUGGGCAGUUUUGUUCCUUGGUUGUAUUAUGGAUUCUACUGCCACUAUCAACCAAAAGUAAUAUAUCUGUCCGUCGUCGUCAUUUUGGGUAUCACUAGCAUUGUUGUUUCUCUGUGGGAAAAAUUCAGCGAACCAAGUUAUAGGCCUCUACGAGCUGGUGUAUUUAUGGGCUUUGGUCUCAGCGGGGUGAUACCGGCUGUUCACUAUGCCAUUGCUGAGGGCUGGUUCAAAGCAAUAAGCCAAGCGUCACUCGGAUGGCUAAUUCUAAUGGGGUGCCUUUAUAUUCUGGGAGCGAUGUUCUAUGCAUGGCGAGUCCCGGAACGAUUUUUCCCGGGAAAAUUUGACAUUUGGUUUCAGAGCCACCAAAUCUUCCACGUUCUUGUUAUAGCCGCAGCAUUUGUACAUUACCAUGGCAUAACAGAAAUGGCAAUGUAUCGAAUGACAGUCGGCGAAUGCGCUGACCCAUCUCAAGCAAUAGUCUUUUAAUUAAAUCUUUUUGAGAAAUAAAUAGGGGUUCAUUUCAAUCUACGCUCGUGUCGAUGUGUAGUGUUUCGAAAGGAAAAAAAUUCUAACCAAAAUUGGGUUUUUUUUUUCAUAAUUUGAAACUCUCACAAACUUUUUUCAACCUGUGCGCGGUGCAAACGAUUUGAAUUGACCAAGUCAGUUAGGUUCAGUAUCAGAUCUAGUAUCUCAGGCGUGUGACAAGGGCCAUCAACACCUCAAUAUGCAAACACAAGAUUAUAUUACAGCAGCGAUUCGGUCCAACUUAUAUUUAUUAAUUUUAGACUCGAUUAUAUUGUAUACAUAUACAUCAUACAUGAAUUACGUUAUCAAACGGAAUUCAAUUUUUACGGUUCGUUCACGUCAUUAGCUUUUCACAGAUAAAGAAAAGUUCCAAAUUUUUCUUUGGUAGUUAUGGACUUGUAAUUUUUUUGAUCAUUUCGUUGUUUGCCCUUGUAUCCCACAUGCCUUGAAUCUAUGUUAUUAUAAUCUAUAUUAUGAUCUGGAUUCCAAAGGUUAAUUUUAAAUACUGGAGCACGGGAAUAAAGCCAUUAGUUACUUAAUUUAUCGAAAUCUAUGAAUGAUCAGGUAUGAAGAUAAAUUUGCACUAUCAAUAUUCUACAAAUUGUUCUAUGUUGUGCCUUUGGUCAACCAAUAAUUUAGAUAAUAGUAGCGUAAUUUUUGUUGUUUGCUUUUUUGUUUAUCCCAUCAAUGUUAUUACCAAUGUUAUAUUACCUUGUAAACAUGAAGAAGAUUAUUAUUAUUAAGUAGACGAUGCUUAAAUUGAAUUGUUCACCAUUAAUGAAUUUUACCUAGGUAUACCUUUAUUUAUCUCGAUAGGUGAAAUAAAACUGAGUUAUUAAAUUAUUAUUGCUGAAAGCGAGUAGAAAAUAUUCAAAGAAUUCAUUCUCAAAUUAUUAGAGCUGAAAAAUCCCGGUUGAUUUUCUAAAUAAAUACGACCAAUAUAAUAAUUUCUAUUGAUUGAAAAGAGUGUGGUAGAUAAAUUUCUCGUUGCAUCUUCUAUAUAUUCAAAAAUUUAGUGAAAGAAAUAAAAAUCAAGAAUAUGACUUGAUGUAUAUUCUUUCAUCACUUUAAUAGUGUCACAAACAUAAUUCACCAAUCUUCGGAACUAAAAUUGCACCUCCCAAAUGAUUGUAACAUGGUAAUAUUGUUCAAAUUUAAAAAUUGUGUUUAUUUUUCCAAUCACAUAUUUUAACAAUGUCUUCACUCUACGAUAUGAGCGUCAACGAUGCACUACGAAUACCUGUAAAGCAACACUCCAAUUUGAAAUACUGACUAUAAAAUAACAGAUAAAUUUUUGUAUGUUUUCCAGAACAUUUAUAUCUUCCAUUUAAAGUAUUUCUUAUAGCAUACACGUAUACAGCUCUGCCAAUAUAUGCCGAGCAUUAUUUUCCUGUAUAGAGUCUUUAGCUGUUUAGGUAAUAAAAAAAAAAUUACUGUUGAAAAUUUUCUACACGAAUGAGAUGAACUAUAACUGGAUAAUAAUAAUAUUAACUGAGAAUGAAUUGAGGAAAUAACAUAAAUAAUAACACAAUCGUUUAUCUUGAAAUUGUUUCUAUUGCUGUGUUUAUAAGUUACCGGAUUAGUUCAUUAUGGCGUGGGUAUUUGAAUUUUUAAUAUUUUCCUCCGUAGUAGCAAAUAUAUGAGAUACAGAGGAGAACGGGAAUUUGUAUCACUAUUGUUAAUUCUUUAUAAUUCUUAUUCUUUCAUCAUUGUAAAAUAUCAUUUUGAUUAUUAUGAAUGCAAUCAUUGUAAUUAUUAAUUGGUAAUCUUAUAGUCGUAUAUAGUAAUUGGAAGGAGACAAGAACAUGAUGUAUUUUUUGCAAGAAAAAAAGGACAGAAAAAAAGUAAUUCACGCAGAAUAAUAAUUGUUAACCCUAGAUGGGUGGGUCUCUCUGUAAGAACAAAGGUGCACUGGGAUGAUGGGUGCUCCGAAGCAUCCGUCUAGUGUAAAAUCAUGUUUAUCGUGUUAUGUUCUGUAAUGAAUGUAAAUGAAUAUAAAAAAAAUAUAUUGCAUAUAUUCACCACUAAAAAUGAUAAAUUAACCGAAAAUAAAAAGAAUUAGUAUGGAUACAAAAAAUAUAUGUGACUAUUGAAUAUCAAAUUUGUUAUCCAGCGCAAUUGUAUAUUUGACGGUCAAUAUAUGCAAAUGAAAAAUGCUAAUAUAAUAUAUUAUUGUAUUUUCAUUCAAUAGUAUAAUAAAAAUUUUAUACUAAG